AUGGCGAGCGCCCAGUUCGGCAAUGAGCCGAGGAGGGUUGCGCAGUUCCGCACUGCUCUUGUGAUGUAUUUUGUGAUACUUGAUAUUGCGGCGCAGAAGUCAUCCAUCACGCAAGGCAACAUUACUAAUGGCUUCUUGCUUUGCAGCCUUCACAAAGAGGGAAUGAGAAGCACGUCCGAAACCGACCACGGCGCUAGAUGGCUUAUGAUGCCCAUUACUCGAAGAUGGAGUCACAAGUCGCAAAACAGACAGACCAGAGGACGGGACUGGGCCAAGCUCAAGUCCGCUCGCUAUUUCGGCGCGGACUUUGGAAUGGGCACAAUGCCUAGCUCGAGCGCCCAGGACGCUGGGCAACCCUGGCUAUUUCGAGCAGCUCCAGCUGGGCUAGCAAGGAUUACUCACGAAGCACAAAUGUAA